AUGGGACAUUGGAGAAACAUCUUUACCGCCGAUCCCGGCAGGACCCGGCACCGCGUCGAGGUGGAACGUCGUCGACUGCUACCGGCCUAUGCUACCGAUGAGUCCGAUGCCUCUGAUGCUUCAAAGGAGAUUGCUAAGGUUGCUCUUCGGCUGAAAUAUCAAAUUGAGCAGGUUGUCUCCUGCGAAGUGCAGGAGAAUGUCUUGACUGACCCAAAUAGCCGCAUCAUUACUGAGGAUGUGGUUAAGACUGCCAAACAGGCUGGUGGAGACGAAUACAAAGCUUGCAUUGUGUAUUGUCUUCUAGUCUGUCUGCGGUGGUUCAAGAUUCAAUCCUCUGUCGAGCUUUGGGAUUCUGAUCUUCACGAGGUUCGGGCUGUGGCUUGCGAGAUCAUCGCCAAGCGCAUUAUCGAAUCGGAGCAGAACCAAGAUUACGUGCUGAAGGAAAUUUUGCUCAAGCGUUACUCUAUCUUCAGUGAAGGUGUGGAGACUGACCCCGCCAAUGUCAUUGAACGAGCGGUAGAUCUCCAUGCCUUGAGGGUCAUCAGCUCUGCCUCGUACCAAAGAUGUAUCCAGUACCUGUGGAGGGGUUGGAUCUGUCAGGAAGAAGGAAACCCAACUAACUUUGUCGAAUACAGCGAGAAGUCUAACACCAGAUAUUGGGUUCAUUUCCAUCCUGAUAGGAUGCGGACUCCUCUGUAUCAGAACUUCUGCCAAAUUUUGUUCUCCUUGAUUUACCUUGCAAUUUAUACGGCAGUUAUCAACACCGUGAACCCAUCUGGUGACGUGGAUGUGGCCGAAGCCAUUCUUUACGGUAUGACCAUUGCAUUCAUCUGCGACGAGGGGAUCAAGUUCUGGAAGGUUGGAUGGAAUUAUCUCGAGUUUUGGAAUGCCUUCAACUCAACCCUCUACACCAUCCUUGCGGUGUCACUUGUCUUACGCUUCAUUGCCUUGGCACACUCGCCAUCCACCCACGAUGAACAAAGGCGGCUAUACAACGAGCUCAGCUACAACUUCCUGGCUUUUGCGGGCCCUAUGUUUUGGAUGCGCAUGAUGCUAUAUCUUGACUCGUUCCGCUUCUUCGGUGCUAUGUUUGUAGUUCUUCGAGUCAUGAUGAAGGAGAGUUUGAUAUUCUUUGCACUUCUAUUUGUGGUUAUGGCUGGUUUCUUCCAGGCCUUCGUCGGCAUGGCCCAGGUGGAUGCCGAUAUCCCCCUCCACCGAAACAUUCUCCAGGGAAUGGUAAACAGUAUCAUGCAGAGUCCUGAGUUCGACACUUUCCAGGACUUUGCAUUUCCGUUUGGCAUCAUCCUCUACUAUGUUUUCAACUUCAUUGUUAUGACUGUUUUGUUGAAUAUUCUCAUCGCCUUGUACAACAGCGCAUAUGAAGACAUCUCUGACAACGCCACGGACGAGUAUAUGGCUAUCUUCGCGCAGAAAACCAUGCAGUUUGUCCGUGCCCCAGAUGAGAAUGUUUUCAUCCCGCCAUUCAACCUCGUCGAGAUUCUAUUUCUGAUAGCCCCAUUCGAAUGGUGGCUUUCGCAGGAGGCCUACGCCAAGCUGAAUGAUCUUGUAAUGGGUGUGAUUUAUUCGCCUCUGCUUGUCGUUGCAGCCUGGGUAGAGACCCGUCAAGCGCACCGGAUUCGAUGGAACCGCCGCCACGGCGAAGAAGACGAUGACUGUGUUCAGGAAUGGGAGCAUGUGGCUAAGGAAGUCAAUUUUGAUCUUGAUGACACUUGGAAACAGCACGUGGAAGAGACCACGCCGGAUAUCAAGGUUGACAGUUGUACAUAUGAACUUAGGGAGCUGCAGGAGCAGAUUGCCACCAUGGCAAAGCUCGUGGAUGACCCUCAGAUCCACACUGCCUCGUUGCAUAACCCGAUUCCUUGGCAAUUGCACACAUACGUUUGGCCUUUCCUGAUUAUCUGGCCCGUCUUCUUCGCUUUCUACCUCUCCCCCGAGCGUUAUGAUACCUACAUCCAGGGACAGGAAUGGACCUUCGUUUUCGCGGGAUCCAUCAUCACAAUCCAGUCGCUCUUUUGGUUGAUGACAAAGUGGAACAUUGACAUAAACACCCUAUUCACUACUACUCGAGCCAAGUCCAUCGACACUGCCCGGCUUAUCAAAGUGGUUCCCAUCACUAACGCUGGCACUGCCGAGAUCUGCAAAUUGAUUUAUGACACCACCGGCACGAAGAAGACCCUUUCGUUCCUCUUCCAGAAGCGCCGUUUCCUCUUUUACCCUGAAACCCGUACCUUUGCACCCUUGUCUUACGUCCUUGACGAUGAACCAAAGCCAGCCCUUGAGACUUUCCAGCUGAGCGAAGGCUUCACGUCGAAGGCUGAGAUUGACCGCGUUUAUCAUCACUAUGGCGAUAACACCUUUGAUAUCCCCGUUCCCGGUUUCAUUGAGCUCUUCCAAGAGCACGCUGUUGCGCCGUUCUUCGUCUUUCAGAUUUUCUGUGUUGGAUUGUGGAUGUUGGAUGAAUACUGGUACUACUCCCUCUUCACGCUCUUCAUGCUUGUUAUGUUUGAAAGCACUGUUGUGUGGCAGCGCCAGAGGACACUGAGUGAGUUCCGUGGAAUGAGCAUCAAACCAUACGAUGUUUGGGUAUACCGUGAACGGAAAUGGCAGGAGAUCACCAGUGAUAAGCUUCUUCCCGGUGAUCUCAUGUCAGUGAACCGCACCAAGGAGGACAGUGGCGUUGCCUGCGAUAUUCUUCUUGUUGAAGGCAGUGUCAUUGUGAACGAGGCUAUGCUUUCUGGCGAGAGCACACCUCUUCUGAAAGACUCUGUUCAGCUCCGUCCCGGCACUGACUUGAUUGAACCGGAUGGAUUGGAUAAGCUAUCGUUUGUGCAUGGAGGUACCAAGGUCCUCCAAGUUACUCACCCCAAUCUUACUGCCGACUCGGCUUUGAAGAACUUGUCCAGCAACGUUACUAUGCCCCCCGACAAUGGUGCGCUGGGUGUGGUUGUCAAGACCGGGUUCGAAACCAGCCAGGGUAGCCUUGUCCGGACCAUGAUCUACUCGACUGAACGUGUCUCUGCCAACAACGUUGAAGCUCUCUUGUUCAUCCUCUUCCUCCUGAUUUUCGCAAUUGCCGCUUCAUGGUAUGUGUGGCAAGAGGGUGUGAUCCGGGACCGCAAACGCUCCAAGCUUCUGCUUGACUGCGUCCUCAUCAUCACCAGUGUUGUUCCCCCCGAACUGCCUAUGGAACUGAGCCUGGCCGUCAAUACUAGUCUUGCUGCUUUGAGCAAGUAUGCCAUUUUCUGCACUGAGCCUUUCCGUAUUCCUUUCGCUGGUCGUGUUGACAUCGCUUGUUUCGACAAGACUGGUACCCUGACUGGAGAGGACCUUGUCGUUGAUGGUAUUGCUGGACUCACUUUGGGUGAGGCUGAUUCCAAGGUCGAAGCUGAUGGUGCCCACACUGAAUUGGCCAAUUCCGCUGCUGUUGGACCAAACACCACUCUCGUUCUCGCGAGUGCUCACGCCUUAGUGAAGCUGGAUGAGGGUGAGGUUGUCGGUGACCCUAUGGAGAAGGCUACCUUAGAAUGGCUUGGCUGGACUCUGGGCAAGAACGAUACUCUUUCUUCGAAGGGCAACGCCCCCGUUGUCUCCGGUCGUAACGUCGAGUCUGUUCAAAUCAAGAGAAGAUUCCAAUUCUCCUCAGCCCUGAAACGCCAAAGUACCAUCGCGACCAUUACGACCAAUGACCGCAAGACUUCCAAGAAGGUCAAGUCCACGUUUGUGGGUGUAAAGGGUGCCCCCGAGACCAUCAACUCUAUGCUGGUCAACACACCGCCCAACUACGAAGAAACUUACAAGCACUUCACCCGCAAUGGUGCUCGUGUGCUUGCUCUUGCAUACAAGUACCUUUCAUCUGAAUCGGAGCUUUCCCAGGGCCGUGUGACCAACUAUGUUCGUGACGAGGUUGAAUCCGAGCUGAUCUUUGCCGGUUUCCUGGUCCUGCAGUGCCCCCUGAAGGAUGAUGCCAUCAAGUCUGUCCGUAUGCUGAACGAAAGCAGCCACCGUGUUGUCAUGAUUACUGGUGAUAACCCGUUGACCGCUGUUCACGUCGCACGCAAGGUUGAGAUUGUUGACCGUGAGGUCCUCAUUCUUGAUGCCCCCGAACAUGACAACUCUGGAACCAGGAUUGUUUGGCGUACCGUCGACGAUAAGCUUAAUGUCGAUGUCGAUCCCACUAAGCCCCUCGACCCGGAGAUCCUGAAGACUAAGGAUAUCUGUAUUACUGGAUAUGCCCUGGCAAAGUUCAAGGACCAAAAGGCUCUCCCUGAUCUGCUCCGUCACACCUGGGUUUAUGCUCGUGUGUCUCCCAAGCAAAAGGAAGACAUUCUUCUUGGUCUCAAGGACGCUGGAUACACCACUCUGAUGUGCGGUGAUGGCACCAACGAUGUUGGCGCUCUGAAGCAAGCUCACGUCGGUGUCGCGCUUCUGAACGGCUCGCAAGAUGACUUAACUAGGAUCGCUGAACACUAUCGUACCACCAAGAUGAAAGAGCUGUACGAGAAGCAGGUCAGCAUGAUGCAAAGAUUCAACCAGCCCUCCCCUCCAGUCCCUGUCCAAAUCGCUCACCUGUACCCCCCCGGCCCUUCGAACCCACACUACGAGAAAGCUGUGGAACGGGAGUCGCAGCGCAAGGGUACCGCGAUCACCGCUACUGGCGCCACCCCCGAAGCUAUCCCAACUAUCACGUCUCCUGGUGCUCAGGCCUUGCAGGAAUCAAAUCUGACCCCCCAGCAGCAGAAACAGCAGAAGGCUCAGGCUGCCGCAGCUGGCCUUGCAGACAGGCUCACAGCUUCCAUGAUGGAACAGGAGCUGGAUGAAAGCGAGCCUCCCACCAUCAAGUUGGGUGAUGCAUCAGUCGCUGCUCCCUUCACCAGCAAGUUGGCCAACGUUAUUGCUAUCCCGAACAUUCUUCGUCAAGGUCGUUGCACCCUGGUUGCGACCAUUCAGAUGUACAAAAUUCUUGCUUUGAACUGCUUGAUCAGUGCCUACAGUCUGAGUGUCAUCUACCUAGAUGGUAUUAAGUUUGGCGAUGGACAGGUCACCAUCAGCGGUAUGCUGAUGAGUGUCUGCUUCCUUUCUAUUUCUCGCGCCAAGUCUGUUGAGGGUCUGUCUAAGGAGCGCCCCCAGCCGAAUAUCUUUAACGUCUACAUCAUUGGGUCCGUUCUUGGACAGUUUGCCAUCCACAUUGCGACUUUGAUCUACCUCUCAAACUAUGUCUACAAGCAUGAGCCGAGAGAUUCCGAUAUUGAUCUCGAAGGCGAGUUUGAGCCCUCCCUCCUGAACAGUGCCAUCUACCUCCUCCAGCUGAUCCAGCAAAUCUCCACCUUCUCGAUCAACUACCAAGGUCGUCCUUUCCGCGAGUCCAUCCGCGAGAACAAGGGCAUGUACUGGGGUCUCAUCGCCGCAUCGGGUGUUGCAUUCUCCUGCGCUACCGAAUUCAUCCCCGAGCUGAAUGAGAAGCUGCGCCUCGUUCCCUUUACCAACGAGUUCAAGGUGACUCUGACCUUGCUGAUGAUCUUCGAUUACGGUGGCUGCUGGUUGAUUGAGAAUGUUCUCAAGCACCUGUUCAGUGACUUCCGUCCUAAGGACAUUGCUCUUCGUCGUCCCGAUCAGCUCAAGCGCGAGGCGGACCGUAAGUUGCAAGAGCAAAUCGAUGCUGAGGCUCAGGCGGAGCUGGAAAGAAAGGUUUAG